AUGGACCAAGUGAAUGACACGGCUGAUGUAUUUGAAUUACCUCCAGCGACCGAAGAUAGCGGCUGCCAGGCCCGACCUCAGCGAAAGCGCGUUAGGCAGGCUUGCCAGCGAUGUCGGAAACAUAAGCUGAGAUGUGACAAAGAGCGUCCAUGUGCCCUGUGUGUGAGGGAUCAGGUGCCUUGUGUAAAGCGUGUCCUGCUAACCAACACGAGGUCUCCCAAGCCUCAGAAUGGACAGCCUCAAUCUCAGAUGCCGCUGACGAAUGCUUCCGUAUCAUCGUUGUGGUCAACCAGACUAAAAGCUAUGGAGAGCCCUAUUCAAAGGAACUCGUUGUUUUCGUCGGCUGCAGUAUCAAAUCUUUUACCAGCAGAGGGCUGGAAUGACACAGGCUCAAAUGUCCGUCAAAAGAAUCUAGAUUUCUCUAGAUUAAGACACCACACACAGGGUGUUUCAGCUAUGGGGCUGAUCAAUGAAGUGUUCGAUGAGUUUCAACAUGAAAGCCCCGAAAAUGAUAACUUUGCGCUACCUGGAGGCACCCCUAAUACUAAAAACCAGAGCUCUUGUUCUACUUCUGAUCGUCAAGUCCCCAUCGCCAUGCUUCUCGGGAUCGACCUUCCGCAAAAAAAAGUUACAGACUUUUUGUUGAACAAGUAUAUUGAUUCCGUUCACUGGUUCAUGAUGGUUUUCCACGAGCCGACAUUUCGGGAAGAAUAUGAAGAGAUUACCAAAAGUCGUCAAGCUCCCCCAUCUCGCCUUGGGUUUGUCGUUCUGUUGGCUGUAAUUUCUGCUAUGGGAGCAAGAUAUUGCACAGCGGAGGAGGCGCGAAAGUUGUUUCCGGCCCUUGAUUUGGAACAGCUGAAAUCGAUUCUGAUAACCAAGGUUCAAGAGCAUAUUUUUGAUGUUUUCGACCGACCCGAAAUAGAGGCAGUUCAGAUUUGUAUUCUGCUUGGGUCUUUUUACAUGUACAAUGCCCAACCAAAUCUGGCAUUUGUAGUCCUGGGGAGCGGAAUUAAAGCAGCCCAGGCCAUUGGAUUACACAAGGAGGCACUAUAUCGACCUUCCUCUCAGGUUACUAGAGAAGUUCAAAAACGGGUUUGGUGGGCUCUUUAUGUCUUUGACCGCUUCGCAUCUAUCGCAUGGGGAAGACCGUGCUCGAUCAACGAUAUAGACUGUCAAGUCUCUAGCCUUGAAACACUCGAUGAUGCUGCCAACCCGCAUCCGGACCUUCAUUCGGUCGAGCAGCUUGAUAACGGCAGAGUGGAAGCGGUCACAACAUUUUCAUAUCAAAGAUUCAAGUUCAAACUUUACAGCAUCGCGUCGCCAAUUUUGGAUGUAAACUUCAUCAAGGGUGGCAAUGCGGCCCAGGUGAUAGAAAAAAUACAAUCCCUUCAUGAGAGACUGCUCACAUGGCAUGAAAGCUUGCCGGACGAAUUACUCUUGAAAAGGGAGAGCUCGUGGUCACAGCAGCCCGCGGACACAAUUAGGAAGACCUUCAGGCUCCAAGCCCUUGCCCUUCAGCUUGCCUACGACAACUUACAGAUCCUCCUACACCGGCCUCUACUGCAAUUCAAUUCCCAACUCUUGAGGCAAUCGCAAAUAGAGAUCCUCAAAACACCUCUGGGCGAGAACGACGCCUCCCAUGAUCCAAACUCUCCAAGUCCGAGGACUUUUGCGAUUAGUAAAGCGCAGUGCUGGGAGUCUGCUCUUCGUACAGCCAACAUUGUUGAUCACCUUGAUGUUCUGAGAGCUGUGAAAGACACCCAUGCCGCCGCGUAUAUUGGUAUCCAAUUGUUCACGGCUGGUAUAAUGCUGAGCUUGAUGGCGCUGUCGCAGCCUUUGUUGUCUCAAGCGCAGGAGGGAAAGAUGGCCUUAGCGCGGGUCAUAUGCAUAACAAAAGCUCUUGGGCAUCGCACGUUACUCUCUGCCCAGAGUGGUAAGAUCUUAGAAGCAUUGGUUAGCGUAAUAAUGUCAAACGAGAUGAAAGAGUUGUUAGCCAAAGAAGAAGAUACGGAAAAUUAUGAAGAACUUCUAACAGCACAUGGAACUCCGACGAGAUCUGUUGGCGUUUAUUUGGGGGCCAGACAACCCUCAGGCGGUGCCAUGGCAACCCAGGACAGGAUGGACUUUCCGAACAAGUCAAUAAAAGGGUUUUACGAUAACCAGGACAUUGCCUACGAUAUGCCUACUGCUGCGUUGAGCGAGACGGAUUUCAACGAAAGCUUGCAAUCAGUCCCACAGGGCAAGUUUUUGCGAUCCGUUCUGAUUCUCAAUAACUUCGAAGGCAACUUCGCCAAAGAUAAGAACGGAAAUCCUUCCUCGACCAGCAUUUCGAAUGGGCAAUAUUCGUCGAAUUUGCCGCUCGGCCAGGAUAUGUCGCAAAGUACACAUCCUCCGAUAGACGAUGGCAGAAUGGCAACAUUAUUAGUGGCUCCUACGGAGGCCUCAACGACAGCGGGCAGACGUGGUUUUGGGACAUGA